AUGGCAGGCCAAAGUAAUGGUCGGGCAAAAACGCCAAAGAAAGCCACACCGAAUGGCAAAGCGAAUGGCCAUAUGAACGGCCAUGCCGACAAGUCCCAGAAACUAUCUGCCAAACAGACAAACACCAGCAGGAAGCCGAGGACAACAUGGAUAGGCAGCUUGACAAACGUCAUGGGAAGAUUACUGUCGUGGUAUCUCAUCGUCACGCUUGCCUUCAGAUGCCCUUCGUCGUUGACCCAAUUAUCCGACUCGUCUCCACAAGUCUGCAAGCCGUAUCUUCACGCUCGGUCGUAUGCCGCACCGUACCUAGAUCCCUACUAUCAGACCUACGUCGCGCCGCAAGUCGAAAAAGUACAGCCCUAUGUGGACACGUUCGAUCAGCGCGUUUACACCCCCGUCUCAACAUUUACGAAGCACCAAUACGCUACCUACGGCGCCCAUCGUGUUGAGCAGGCGCAAAAGUACGCCGAGGCCGAGUGGGCUAGGACCGCGCGACCCCACAUCCAAGAGCUUCAGGAUAAGGCAUACGCUCAGUACGAACAGCACCUGGGCCCUCAUGUCAAGACCGCCUCGGAUGCCGCAAGCCCGUAUAUUGAGCAGACCAAGGAAAGCCUGGUGGAGAUCUAUCAUCUGAGCCUUCUCCCCGCGUAUGAGGCACUAUUACCAUACGCUCGUCAGGCGUAUGCUCAAGGCCAUCACGCCACAGUGCAUCUCAUCUUCCCUGUUGUUCAGUCGGGGCGGGAUGCAUCCUGGAAGUUUGUGUCUCGUACCCUCUGGCCAUACGUGCGAGUCCUUUACGGCGACAAUGUCGAGCCUCAAUUAGUGCGCAUCAGGGAAAGACUAGGAAGAUACAAGGACCAGCAGAAAAUCGAGUCAGUAGUUGAGGCUGUUGACUCUUCAUCGACUUCAUUGCUCAAGACUGACGCCAUCACCUCCACUGCUACUAUUGCUUCCUCCGUCUCUUCGGCUGUCAGCUCCGCCACCGAGUCUACGAAAUCUGGCUGGGGCGUUUUCGACGACUUCUUCGGUUCUGAGUCAAACUCAAAGCCGUCUGAACUCGAGACUAGGAAGUCUACUCAUUCCAAGCCGCCUCAACCCACCGGUGCAGAGCUGAGGGAAAAGCUCAACCAGGAUCUUCGGGACUGGCAGACCAAGUUUGCAACCGCUGCAGACAAGGGUGCAGAGGACUUGGACACACGCGUUGCUGAGAUCACCAAGCGACAGAUUGACAAUGGUGUCCAGGGACAUGGCGCCGCCAUGAUCGUUCAACUUGAAGAGACUGCGGAGUCAACCAUCUCUUCGUUGAAGAAGUUCAUCAAGCAAACUGUGAAAUCGCUACCCGAAGAUGCGACAGAGGAGCAGUUGGAAAAAGCCUACGAGCAAUGCGUUGCCAAAACACGAGAGCUUGGGCUGGCUGUCAAAAAUAAGUCACAAGCGGUUAGGAAGUGGAAAGUCGCAUUCGACCAGGAAACCGAUAACCUUGUCCGUGCCGCUGUUGGGAGCACCGUUGAAGUCCUCGAGAAGAUACACGGUUUGGGUCUCCAAGAGGUCGGCAUGCGCUGGGCUUGGCUUGAUGGUGUGGAAUAUAAAGACUGGCAAAACUACCACAAGCUGAGAGACACUCUCAACGAAUGGCAAGAGGAGGUCGAGGCCGUUGGCGCAAGACACGAAGGCUUGAAGGUUGCUCAUGAGGAAGCAGCGAAGCUCGAAGACAAGGCCAUGGCGAUAGCAUCGACCAUGGUCAACGAGCUCGUUCGUCUCAAGGAUGCAUCCAGAUGGAAGAUCUGGGCUGGAGACCAUUCCGAUGACUUCUCGGAAAAGAAGGUACCGGUUAGGGCCUACAACGCUGCCCAGCAAGUUCUCAGCGGCGCACAAGAAGCUUCUUCGCAAGCUUCUGAAGCAAUACUUGGUUCGGAGACUCCCGCCAGCGAGAGCAUUGCAUCUGCGGUCAAGGAAUCCGCCUCGAGCGCCUCAUCACAAGUUUCGGAGAAGAUCAUAGGCUCAGAAACUCCUGCCGCUGAGAGUGCUGCAUCGGCUGCCAAGUCUUCAGUAUCCAAUGCCGUCGUUGGCUCUGAAACUCCCGCUACUGAAAGUCUUGCGUCGGUCCUGAAGUCGGAAGUCUCCAAGGCAUCCUCCAAAGCUUCUGAAGCCGCCAGUGCUGGCCAAGAUGAGGCCAGCAGUGUAGCUUCGGACGCAGCAGAGAACAUCGAGAGAGCGACCAAGGCAGCCAAGAAAAAUGCUGAAGGAGCAGCUUCUGCAGCUUCAGAGGCACCGAAGAAGGUUUGGGGCGGAGCAAAUGCCCAAGUCCUUGCGGAAGCCAGGGAGGUUGUUUUUGACGACGUGAUUGACGAUGAUGAGGAUGAUACUUACUCUCAAAAGAUUCAGAGUUUGGUCGCAGACGCUGGAGACCGAGCAUCUGACCUCAGUCGAGCUGUGAGCCAGGCUCUCCUCCAACCUACAAAGACGCAAGGCACUGCCGAGUCCGUCACUUCGCUUGCCAGCGAACAGUAUGUGGCGGCUCUAGCUGCCGCUUCAAGUGUUCUGUAUGGCACACAACAAGGGGCAGUCGACAGCGCUACCAGCGUCGCAUCGGACAAGUUCGCAUCCGCUGUUACUGCGGCAUCUUACGCCAUAUACGGUACGCCCACGCCUACUGCAGUCGUCCAAACCGUUCGCACGCACGCUAGCUCCCGCUACAACGAGGCAGUGAGCAUUGCCAACGAGCAAUUCGAGAAUGCUAAAUCGCAGCUCUCCGUUCUGGUUUCUGGUACCACAAAGCCUGCUCACGAGACUAUGCUCGCAAUGAUCGAGAAGGCAUACUCGGACUCCGUCGCAGCUGCUAGUGAACGGCUGGGCGCUGCUCUGCAAUACACCGAGUCCGUGAAGAGCUACGCAGCUGGCCCUACCCAAGGCUACUUUGAGUCAGUAUCCUCUAUUGCCUCAUCUAGGCUGUCUGAAGGGUUAAGCCACGCCUCUGCCCAGUUCUCUUCCCAACCAACCGGAUCACCUGCACUCGACGGCGCGCGCCGACAGUACUACGAAGCGAUUGGACUGGCCCAUGAACGAUACUCUGCGUUCCUCGGUGCUGCUUCUAGCGCCGUCUAUGGACCGGAGCAGGGCACCUUCGAAUCACUCGCCUCAGUAGCUUCCGAUUCAGCAGCUUCGAUUGCCGAUUCCGCACAGUCGUACGCAUCAGGUGCAUCCGAUUCUGCACAGUCCGCCGCGGCCAACGCUCAAAAGGCAGCCGAGUCCCUGGCAUCGCAAGUCAGCUCUGGUGUCAUUGGAUCUGAGACUGCCUGGACCGAAUCUGUAGCCUCUCAAGCGAGCCAAAACUGGGAGGCUCUGAUUGCGAAGGCCAGCAACCAAGUGUACGGUGCGCCAACUCCUUGGGCAGAGUCAGCCUACUCGCAAGCUGGCGCCUACGCUGCACAAGCAACCGCCCAGGCCGUCGAACAGGCUGCCGCCGUUCAAGCUUUGAUUUCUGAACUCGUCAUUGGGAAAGAGCCUGAUUUCACAGAGAGCGUCAUGGCUCGAUUCUCUUCUGCAUACUUCACGGGCCUUCCGGCCGCUGUUUCCUCCGUCAACUCAUUCGCGUCCGAGAACUACGAAGCUGUCACCUCCUAUGCGGGCGAGAGCUACGAAGCGGCCUCUGAGUUUGCCGCAGACGCCUACGCUUCUGCCUCCUCGGUUGUUGAGUCUGUGUUCGUACCUCCGCCGGCUAUCGAGACCAUUCUCGGCAACGUCAACGACCAGCUCAAUGCCGCUGUGGAAAGUGCUUCCGUCGCCGUUUACGGCACGCAGAAGGGCACCGUCGAGCAAGCCAGCGAGUCCGUCGCCAGCGCUUACGCCUCUGUCCAGUCCAAGGCCAGCGAAGCCAUCUACGGUACCGCACAGGCAUCCCAGGACUUCGCGGCCGUGGCCUCGAGCGCUCAGGCAGCUAUCAGUGAGGCCAUCUUCGGCACGCCUACGGCUACGGGAUACGCAGCUUCUGCUUCCAACGGCGCGGCUGCCGCAGCGAGCGUGUACAGCUCCGUUGCUUCUGUCGCCAGUGAAAAGGCUGCCAAUGCCGCCGCCGCAGCUAGCGAAGCCAUCUACGGACCGGAGCAAGGCGCAGUGGAGAGCGCAAGCGCUCGUCUCGCUGCUGCCGUCGAGGCGGCCAACUCCCGUAUCAGCGAGCUCUACGCUGCAGCGGCGACCAACGCGGAGGCCGCGGCUAGCGGCGCGAGCAGUGUGGCGGCCGAGGCGACAAAGCGCGUCAAGGAUGAGUUGUAG